AUGGGACAAUUCGGCCAAAAAGUGCUCAACGCCUUUGGCGUGGGCCACCACCACGAUCACCAGGGUCCGCUCCCGCAGCCUCAGCCACAUCUCCCAGGUCAUGGAUUUAUCCACGAUGAUGAACGCCCGCUAUCAUCGCCUCCCAACAAUGGGACAUAUCCUCGUCUUGCUCGACUUUCUGACGGUUCCAUUCUCUCAUCCUUCACUCGAUUUCCCGACGGGAAGCGUGCCUUGUGCGUUGCCCGCAGCACGGACAACGGGCAGACUUUCGAGAACUUCUCCGAAGUGACUCGAGCAGCUGGGGAUGUGGAUAAUAUGUUUCUCCUGGAGGUUGCCCCUGGGGUCGUCCUCGCUGCCUUCCGCAAUCACGACCUCGGUCCAAACGGGCCCACUCAUUUCCGCAUCACCGUCUGUCGAUCCAUGGACGGAGGCCGCACAUGGAAGUUUGCAUCCCAGGCCGCUGAAAAAAGCCCUCCCUUCGGGAUCUGGGAGCCAUUCAUGCGACUCGGCCGGCAGGGCGAGGUCCAAUUGACCUACUCCGAAGAGUUUGCCCACAACAAUCAAUGUCCUAUGCGAGCGAUUUCACAUGAUCAAGGGAGCACCUGGAGCCGCCCACUUUGUUUACACGGAGACCGGGACACUCGGCGUGAUGGUAUGAAUGGAAUCGCGCCCACCAUUGAUAAUGGGCGUGAGGCACUCGUGAUGGUCUUCGAAACAACAACCUACGGGCCAUUCAAUGUCGAGGCGUUGAUUUCGUAUGAUGACGGGGCCACCUGGCAGUGUCGCCAUGAGGUUUACCGACCCCGUCGUGGACACAAUGCAGGAUCUCCUCAAGUGACUUCCUUCGCAGAUGGUUCGAUGGUGUGUGUCUUCAUGACUGACGAUGAGGCCUCCCAGGUGCAGUGGGUGAAGCAUGCGGCAAUCAAAGCUGUCUUUGCCGGGCCACCCCAAAAUGGCAGGAUUCAGUGGAGUGCACCUACAACCAUCUCCCCAGCUUCAAGCUUUUGGCCGGGCGUGAUGGCCAUUGGUCAUCAUACAGCGCUUGUAACUUACGACCGCGGCGGGCCACUCACUAAAACGAUUACCUGGCAAGCUCAGUAA